AUCGUCAGGUCAAGUGACGCAGCGAGUAUGGUGAGCGCUUGAGCAAUGCCGGGUGUCUUUUGAAGAAACACAAGAUGCACUUGCACUCGUCAUGAGGACCAAAAAGAAACAGCCGGCUCGGAGCCUGGCCUCGACUCGCCCGCCCACCUUGAAGAAGCAGAAAUCGAUAUCUCGAAAGGCCACCAAGUCUCUGAUCAACUCCCUCCACCUUCUGCAAAAGAAGAAGGCGCAAGCCGUUGCCAAAGGGGACCUUGCUGCACAAGCUGCCAUUGACGCCGAGAUCACAGCCCUCGGUGGGCUGGAGAAGUAUCAACAAGCCAGUCUUCAGGGCCAGCGUAAUGAUCGUGGAGGAGACAGUUCCCGCGUGCUCAUGGAGUGGCUACAGCCGACCUCGGCAGCGCUCCAAGAACUUGGCAAAACCCGCCGCCUGCGUAUGCUAGAAGUUGGAGCGUUGAGUGUCUCGAAUGAGUGCUCAAAGAGCGGGCUGUUCGACGUCGAGCGGAUUGAUCUGUCCAGUCAGGGAGAGGGCAUCUUGCAGCAAGACUUCAUGGAACGGCCGUUACCGAAGAAUCCCACGGGACUCUUUGACAUCAUAAGCCUCUCGCUGGUUCUUAACUUUGUCCCAGAUGCCGCGGUCAGAGGACAAAUGUUACGAAGGACCCUGAGCUUCUUGAGGGAUCCCAAUGACAUUGAACCCCAGGAGUUGAGGUCCUCGUUUCCAAGCCUGUUCAUGGUGCUCCCGGCACCUUGCGUCACAAACUCUCGCUAUAUGGACGAGGAUCUGCUCAAGUCCAUCAUGACCAGCUUAGGGUACACGCAGACGCAUCGCAAGCUUACGCAAAGGCUCGUGUACUAUCUAUGGACACGGAAACGACUGGUUCUAGAAAAGGGUGUGACAUUCAAGAAAGCCGAACUUCGUUCCGGCGGUUCUCGCAACAACUUCUCAAUCAUUGUCCGAAAUCCUUGAGCAAUCUCGCGUGGGCGGCACAAGAGCACCGAUCAACUACAUCGACCCGCAGCCUUAAGGUAUACUUGUUCGCACAGUCACAGAGCGACCUCCUCGUCAAGCACGACGCAAUGAUGGAGUAAGCACUUGGACAAUGAAGAUAUGGUAGCUGUCUUCAUAGGAAACGUCUACAUCUUGCUGUCGACCUUGCCUCCAACCAGUCUCUCAGACAACUUCCACAAGCGUUCGGCUUUGAUCUUGUCCCUCGCAUGCCGAGCUGGCCGAGCUUUCUGACAGUCUGCAAGAUACAGGGUGUCCGACUCUGGAGCAACUUGUUAGCAGUCAAGCAAGCGAAGUUUUCUAUUUUC